AACAUAUUGUUGCAAUCUCAUCCUCUAGAUGGAGAUACUUCAACCAGGUCAGAAACAGACAUAAGACCAUAAGACCACAAACUCACAGGCCAAGAAUAUUUAAAUCCAUCCAGAGAUCCACCGCUAUUCUGUUAUAUUCAAAUACAUGCACUAAAGUGAUCCUAUAUUUAUCACCAAAAGAGACAAAAAGCAUGCAAACAAGCCUUACAUUUAGCGCUAUCAAGAACAUGAGUGCCGUCAUAUGCAAGUGUUAAUCAAUAAUUUACUGCCAGAUUUGCACACCCAGAUCCGCCAAAUUCUCAAAAUCCACUGCUACUCCAUACCCAUCAAACCUUCUACUGGCAGUUCUUCUGGGUAUCAGAGAAACGAUCUGCAAUCAGUCAGAGGAAGAAAGAAAAGCAGCAUUGUAUUCUAGAGAAUCCCAAUUUUAUCCAUGGCGGGAGGUUUAGCUCAGUUUUUGGUCAUAACAGCCUUGCUUGUAGCUUUUUGCAAUGCUGCUACACAUCAAUCUCUUGCUAAAUCUAAUGCUAGUUCUCACGUCGAAUCCCCUGCUCCAUCUCCACACACUGCAAGCUCUGAACUGUCGCCGAGCCCUGACAAUGCUGUAGACACUCCCAUUCCUAGCCCUGAAAGUUCACCAUCAAGCAGCCCUUCUGAAAGCCCUUCAUUUUCUCCAGAAUCGGCACCGAGUCCGUCUCCACCAGCACCUCCAUCACAGUCUCCGUCAAUUGCCUCUGAUUCUGCACCUGUUCCUGCCCCUGUCUCUGCCGCUGUCCCUGCCCCAGAUCUGUCAGCUGUACAAGAUUCAAAGGUAGGGGAAGAUUCAGAGAAUUCUUCUUCUUCCUCUAAGGGCAUGAAUGCGGGGAAGAAGGCUGGUGUUGUUAUCGGUGUUAUGUUCGGAGUAGCAUUGGGUGGACUAGUGUUUGUGAUAUACAAGAAGAGGCAGGAGAAUAUACGCAGGGCACAGUAUGGAUUUGCAACACGCCGAGAUCUGCUGUGAUGGGUGCAUUGAUUUUGAAUUUAUUUCUUUUUUACUGUUAUGGGCAUUUAGUUCUAGGGAAAAUAACAUUAGAGUAGCGAUUAGAUGUGUUGGAAAGAGCUGCAUUGCACGAUGUGCGGUGGGGCUUGAUUUGAAAAAAUUGUAUUGAAUUUGUUUUUGCAUAAUACGUUUUAUACAGAGUUUAUUCCAUUAUGUUGUAAUAAUUUAAAAUUCGUGAAGCAUUGGAUAACGUAGGUAGAUUAGGGUUUCAUCCGAAAAAAAUUGAAUUGAGUAUUAUGAUAAGAUUUAUCCCGAUUCUAUUGAACUCGAAUGUAAUAAUGUAAAAUUCUCUAUUCUUUGAUAUGCAUUGGACAUUGAGGCAUUGCCAGAUUUAUAGUUA